UCUAACCCUGGUCACAGCGGUGGAAGGCGAGGAAAGUACCGCUACGCCAACCUGGCUCCCCCAUAGUUGAGCAUAAGAAUUCUGCAAAAAAAAACUAUGGAUGCGUGGAAGGACGACGUUCGUGACUGGCCAAAGCUUGAAUUUCAAGAUAUCUAUGACUACUUCAUUAAUGCUCCAGCAUGUGAUGAGCAGCCUAACCGAAACUUUCGAAGCAUCAGCGAGGGUAUCAACUACCUGAACUCGGGAUGGGUGGGCACCAUCAAGCACCGCCAUCAUGAGGAUGGAUCAACUGUCAUCUUGAGGGGGACAGUGAGAUUUUCACAGCAAAUCUCCAGCUAUCAUCAAGUGGAGAUCAGUGUUGACAAAGAAAAUAGAACAAUCAAGUCUGUGAAAUGCGACUGCAUUGCUUCGGAAGGGAAAUGUUGUAGUCAUUCAGCAGGCCUGUCCUUCAAGAUAAAUGAGGCAUACAAGAAAGGUUUCAUCGGCAUCACCUGUACAGACAGACCUUGUUUGUGGAAUCGGAGCACUCAAGGUAACGUGGUGCCCGACAGUGUUGAAAACAUGUGCGAUCCAACCUCAAAGUCCACAAUGAACAGUGCUCUUGCAUUUGACACGGACGAGGCACUGAAAAAGCACCUGAACAGUCCACACAUGUGUGAGCUCGCGUCCAUACCGGGCACAAUUUUAAAUCAGGUGCUGACAUCUACACAAACUUGCAAACCAGCCAACAGUGAUCAGCCCCUCCCUGUUCAUGGACAUCAUGAUGUCAAUCUUGAAUGCGAGCCUUGUCAAGAAAUUUUCAACAACUACAUCCUGUUGAAAGACCACGAGGCAAGAAAACUUGCCUGUCAAACACACAAUCAGAACUCGGCUUUGUGGACAUCGCAGAGGAAGCUCCGAAUUACAAGUAGCUCAGCAGCAAGUGUCCCCAAGAAAACAGAGACAGACCCAACAAAGUGGAUCAUGAAUCACAUCAGGCCACACUUCCUUGGAAAUGCGGAUACUUGUCACGGGCACACAUACGAAGCUACUGCAAGGGAAGCCUUUGAACAUCAAUUUGAAACACUUGUAGAAACCACAGGUUUAGUUGUAAACCCAGAGGAAAGUUGGCUUGGAGCAAGUCUGGAUGGAAUUGUUGACGACAACACAAUUUUAGAAAUAAAAUGUCCCACUGAGAGGAAGUUGGAGCGAUAUGGUGUUACUGUUCGAGGACUAGUGGAAAGUGGGACUUACGAUGUUCGAAGUAGAGAAGGGAAAUACUUCCUUCGUCAAAGUUCAGCAGCUAGUGGUUACUACACCCAGGUACAAAUUGCCAUGUACUGUUCGAAGCGACCCAUGUGCAAAUUUAUGGUUUGGUCAAAGAAAGACUACGUUAUAGCAGAUGUCAACUUUGACAAUGAGUGGUUUGAGCAGCGUCUAGGUCAACUGCGAAAAUUCUACUUCAAGCAUCUUUUGCCAAAGCUUACAGAUUCAAUAAUUUCAAGGGAACUAAAAAUUGUAAAACCAAGAAUCUAG